CAGCCCGCCGCCGCUGGCGCUGCUGCUGGUGGUGAUGGCGGUCACUCCCGCCGCCCUGGGCGCGGCCACCACCACGACCACCACUAGCCCCAGCAGCACCACCACCACCAUCUCGCCCGCGCUCCUGGCGGCGCUCAACGAGCUGGACGAGCAGGCCGUGUGGUGGCAGUACAAGGCGCUGGAGGCGGGCGAGACGAUGGCCAAGUCCCUCCUGGAGGACCCCUCCCACCGAGAACCCGUCAACGCCACGACCUGGGGCUGGCUGACGCCCAAGCCGGGCAAGCCGCCCAUCGUCGGCACGGCGAACCUGGCCGCCGAGCACGGCUACGCCGUGGAGAACUACACGGUGCGGACCCCCGACGGCUACCUGCUGGGGCUUUUCCGCCUGCCCAACCCCGGCAAGCCCGUGGUGCUGCUGGCGCACGGCUUGCUGUCCUCCUCGGCGGACUUCCUGGUCCUCGGCAAGGGCCGGGCGCUAGGGUUCGUGCUGCACGACGCCGGCUUCGACGUGUGGAUGUACAACGCGCGCGGCACCACGCCGUCCAGACGGCACGAGUAUCUGCACCCGUGGAAGGCCAAGUUCUGGGACUUCAGCCUGCAUGAGAUUGCCCUCGGGGACCUCCCCGCCACCAUCGACUUCGUCCUUAAGAACACCGGCCAGCCGCAGCUGCACUAUGUCGGCUACUGCCAAGGCUCCACGCUCUUCUUCAUACUGGGCAGCGAGAGGACGGAGUACAUGGACAAGGUCAAGUCUUUCGUGGGCCUGGCCCCCGUCGCGUACCUCCGGGACAUCAGGUCGCUCCCGCUGAGGCUCAUGGCCGCCGCGCCCUACACGUUGUAUUUCCUUCUCAAGCUCGUGGGCCUCAACGAGUUCCUGCCGAACAACAAGUUCAUGUCCUUGGUCGGGGAGGUCAUGUGCAACGAUAACGAGAUCACGCAGCCCAUCUGCACCAACAUCAUCUUCAUGUUCUUCGGCCACGACACCGAGCAGAUGAACCAGACUGCUCUGCCCGACCUCAUGGCCAACAUGCCGGCCGGCGCGUCCACGAAGCAGAUGCUGCACUUCGGCCAGCAGGUGAACCACCGCCACCUCGUGUUCAAGAUGUUCGACUACGGCCGUAUGGGCAACAUCAGGAAGUACCACAGCUUCAAGGCCCCCGAGUACGACCUCACGCGCAUCACCGUGCCCACCUACAUGUUCUACUCGGAGAACGACCUGCUCUGUGUUCAGUCGAACAUUGACGAGCUGAUCAGGAAGCUGCCCAACAUCCAAAAAGACGGGGUCCGCAAGAUCAACAACAAUAAGUUCAACCACAUCGGCUAUCUGCUAGCUAAGAACGCCAAGGAGCUGGUGUUUGAUGACGUCGUCGACGUUCUUAAGAAGAUGGAGGCGUCUCAGCCCUCAUCGGCGACGCCAGGCAGUAGCACGGCCAGCACGGCCAGCACGGGCAGCACGGGCAGCACGGCCAGCACGGGUAGCACGGCCAGUACGGGUAGUACGGCCAGCACGUCAAGUGGUCCUCCCGGAAGCACAGUGACAGAGGUUUCAGUUUGAUACGCGAUCUCGAUAAACCUGUUCGACUGAGAA